UUAGAACCAGCGACCUUUCGGUUACUGGCACAACGCUCUUACCCACUAAGCUACCUGCGGAUACCAAUACAAAUCUACCCCAAGGAGCUGCUUUCAAUCUUGAAGAUUUAACAGAUGGAAAGGGAAUGGGGAUACCUAGUCAGUUGCACAACUGAAUGCAUUCAACCGAAAUGUGCCUUCCGCAUUUAACCCCUCUGAAUCAGAGAUGUACGGGCGGCUGCUUUAAUCGACGUCUACGUCAUCGGCGCCCGGGGAGCAGUUGUUGGGGGUUAACUGCCUUGCUCAAGGACAGAACCGUAGAUUUUUUAACCUUGCCGGCUCGGCGAAUCUGACCAGCGACCUUUCGGUUACUGCCCCAACGCUCUUAACCGCUAUAGGCUACCUGCCUACAAAGGUCACUGCAUUGAGCUCAGGCAUCUAUAAAUUCACCUAAGCUAAAUUAUCAAUAUGGGUACGGUGCUUGCGCUUGCUCUUCAGAGAGCCAUUCAUUCAUAAUUGAUGGGGAGACUAAAAUGAAAGAGAGAAGUGAGGCAGUCUCGACCACCUUUAAUGUCAGAGGGCCACCAGAUGAAAGGUAGAGCGAUGUGGGUGUGAAGGGUGCAGAGACAGACUAGAUAAGGAGAGAGUAGAGUGGAGUAGACAGCAGACAGACAGACAGACAAUGGAUUCAGAAAUGGGGGCAAGGCAUUACUGAUUAUGAUGUGGACAGAUGGACAGGAGGACCAGACUGCUGCAUUAACAAUGAAUGGAUAUUCAAUAAAAGCCAGCUCAUUCCUGAAGUUGAAGACUGAGGAGAACACAGAGAGUACAGCUGACCCUGGUGCCUUGUUGAACGGGAUGUUUAUGACCUAUCCGGACAUUGGUGAAGUGACUUCAGGAUUUUAAAAUACUAAGUACAUUUAGGAAAAGUCUAACAAGAGGUCUUCACAGAGCAUAUCAACCAGAGGUGGUCAUCUUACCAAGUGAAAUGUUUUACCCCAUCCAAUACCAUUAAACACAGACUCCCAUCUACCUCCACCUGUAACAAGGGAGAAUGUGCCAGCCUUCCCGACACUGGCAGUUUGAACGGGGGGACAGAUCUGAUGACUGCUGGAGGCACCUCAAAGAGUGGGAGGAGGAGAGAGGAGCAGAUGUAAUGCUCCAGAGGACAGGUGAAGAGAUUAGACCCUCGGUCACCCUCCGCCCCCCACCCUUGUUCCGCAGCAUCGGAUCGUCGGGGCUGUCGGCCAGCCUGCCACCCCACCGACGUCUCCGCUCCAUAUUCCGCAGGUCCAGAGCGGUGCUGCCUGCAAAUACACACGCCGGUGAGGUUUCAGGAACACACACCCUCCAAGAUUUACUGUCAGGCACCCACAUCAACGCGCUCCCACAUCCACUGACUCACAAUGACGUAGUGUCAGAGAAGGACGUUCACAUAAACACAGUCUCAGAGACACAAACACAGCCCAAGAGACAUGGGCUCACUGUAUUAGAACCACCAACAGGACCUCUCAAAGAUACACUCUCAUUCAUAAUCAGUGCUGAAAGCAGACAGCAGGGCGGACAGCCUUUUUCUCAGAUUUCCCCACCCCUAAGGACAGAUAUCAAAGGCAUGGCAAGAUGGGACAGAGCAGAGGCUCCUCUCAAAAUGCGAGAGGAUCUUGGGACUGGAGAGGGAGGAUUGAAAGAGAAGCAGAAGGUGAAGAGGAGGAAGAGGAGAAGGAGGAGGGUGGACUGUAAAGAAGAGGACCAUGCCAAUGACAGAUAUGUGGCCCCGUUCUUCACCCCAGAGACAGAGGGAGAUGGUGGACUGUGCCAGUGGUUACAGAGUCUGGGGAUUACAGAUAGGGAGAAGGAGGCCAUUUCCCCCAACAGAAGUAAACAUCAGCAGAGUGGGUUCAGAGAGAGGAUGGCUGGACGCAGAGAGGGGUAUUCACAUCCAGCAGCCAACCACAGGAGAGACAGACGCCCCCACUUCCUCCCGCCUAUCUGUCAGUCUGGCUCCCUCCUACAUGUACCCCUGCUGCUUCCCGAAAACUCCCCGCCACCCUCGCCAUGCACCUCCCCACAUGCCCCCUUCCACCCCCUGCCUGUACCCCUCCUCCACCCUCUGCCCUUCAGGAGGAAGUGAUAUUGUCCAGCAAAGGAAAGGGGUCUCUCAACUCGAGGCCAUUUGUGUUUAUGCUAUAUGCGUUUUUUUGUCUUGUUACUUCGGCAUAUUCUGACUGACACCUAGCUUAUGUAUUUGUAUAUAGCGCUUUACGCAUACACAUGCUUAACAAGGCUUAUCCAGGUAUAAUGUAUGUUGCUCUAGCCUAUUAUACUGUAUAUCCUUUACAAGUAAUCACAGGAAUAGUUUCUAAGGAUAUGUUGUCCUGUCACAUUUCAAUUGCAUUAAAUUCAGCAUGUAUAGUUUGAAAGACCCAGGUCAACAAGUGAACCAACCUCAGCUUUAGGUAAGUGUGUGUGCCCUGCUGUCACGCUCUGGCUCCGGGACUUUGUAUGUUGAGCCAGGGUGUGUUCGUUUCGUUGUGUUCUGUUUGGUUGGG